GUAGCUAUCGUCAACUACAAUAAAGUAUUCAUUAGUUGGAGGCCAAGUCAGUGUGUAACGACACGCUAGUGUUGACAGGCCCUAGCCCCUAUGGAAAUGAUUUCCUUAAGUUCACUGACAUUAGCGCUGGAGGGAAGUGUGCGAAUGAUAUUAAGAGAGCUAAAAAGAAAAAAGGACCCUUGCAAUUUAGCUCUGCCAGUGUUUCAACAAAGAGAGGUUAGUAUACAUCUUUUAUAUCUUUAACGUUCGAGAUAGUGAAGCUACUCAUUGGUUUGAAAUUUCAGGCCUAUUAAGAAAUACACAUUCUUUUUAUGUCAAUAUAGGCGUUCGGAAAACAUAUCUAUCAUGGUAAGACAUGCAUUUUACAUGAACCACGUAAAGAACCAUACAUUUUAUUAAAUAUAACACUGCUCUUGAAUAGUUUAAUGAGUUAAAUUUCUAUUAAAAUCUUCUAUGAUCUUGAUAGCUAAUUAAAGAGUUUUAAAAACAAUAAAAUCAUUGCUCUUUUACAACACGUUAAAUAAUGUGUAUAAUAUAUAUAUAUAUAUAUAUAUAUUUAUAUAUAUAUAUAUAAUAUAUAUAUCUUUCUAACCAAAAUGUUAGAACACACCCACCGUUUACCCAACACACCGUUACUUAUGUGUGUUGUUGGUGGGCAUGUUAAAUCUUGGUUUUAUAACGAGCAAACAAAAAAAAGGGGGGGGGGAGGGGAUACUGUUCAGGUUAAAAGCGUUUGUCGCGGCUCUAUAAUUGUACGUUUAUCAAGCCGUUAUCUGCAUAUAGGAACAGAAUCUGUUUAACUGUACCGUAGCUAGGGUUAGUGCCACCCGGGGCGUGACACUCUCUCUCCAUGACAAAAAAAUCUGCUUAUGGCCCAAUGGGAAGCUCUCUCCCCCCCCCCCCCCAUUAAAAAAAAAAAAUUAUAUAUAUAUAUAUAUAUAUAUAUAACACGACACAGUCGACACUGACUCCCCCAGAUUAGACAAACGUUUUAUCUAUUUAACAUUAAAAUUAAUGUGUUACAAAAUAAUGAUAGGUUUUGAUCAACUCUUAUGCCAUCGAUUGGGGUGAGCUUUAUGGUGGGUUUUGUUAUAUACAUUUUUUAAAAUUAUUUCAACCAACAGGCUGGUUUGUGCAAUUUCUUAUUUCAUUAUUUCAAAAGCUUUGGUAAUUUUUUAAAAAUGUUUUUACAAAAAUAAAAAUAUAAACCAGAGGUAGGAUUUUAUUUGUUUUGAUUUUUUUUUUUAUAUUGAAAACGAACGUCUAGUGCAGGGUGAGCAUUAAUUUAUACUAGACGUAGCCCGCCAAACAUUGGCGACAGCAAUGCGUGAACUUGCCAUCUACUAAGGUUACUUGACAAAAACGUGAAGUUACGUACAUUUAAGAAUGCCAAUUUUGCUACACUCCCUCCCCCACCCCCUUUUUUCAUGAUACCUCACUGCACAUUUUACAUUUCACGCCCAUUAACUAUAGCCGACCCGCGGCUUAGCAUACGCCGCGAGCUUGGCUGGCAAUCGAGGGUGGUGCAGGGGGGGGGGUAGCUCCACCGUAGUGCCCAUUUCUCGAGACCAACGAUGGGCAGGUAAGGGAAGGGAGGGAUGCGCCUUGCUUGCUAUGGCAUAUAUUUAUAUAGCAUGCGUCUAGUUUGACCUUUCUUGUGUGCCCUACUUCUGGCGAAUAAAAUAUACAUACUCUUACUUGUGUACAAGAAAUGAUGUGAAGUAUUUUAAUCACCCAAACUUUGACAAUGAUAUCACUGAACAAUAUCAGACGUCACAGCCAAUAUUAUCUAGCGCCCGUGUUUCGAGAUUAAUACUUAUUUUUAAAAAAAACACACCAUCAAGUUAUUUUUUUUUUUUUUACAGAAUUAUAAGGAAAUGUGGCGAUGAAUGUUGUAAGCAUUACCAAAGUUGUACCAAAGUUUUACCAAAGUAAUAUCAACGUAAUACCAAAGUAGUACCAAAGUAAUACCAAAGUAGUACCAAAUUUGUACCAAAUUAAUACCAAUGUAGCAUCAAAGUUGUACCGAAGUGUCUUUUUAGAGCCAUCCAUGCAUGAACAAUACUUUUUAUAUCUUUGAUAAAGCUUUUCUUGGAAGGAAGUGUAAGGAAUGCCAUGUAAAGUAAUAUAAGCAAAGGAUGGUAUAAGAAUGUAAGAAAGCCAUUGUUUGGUCAUGUAAGGCAGCAUAAGGCAGUGUUAUGACGACACUGUAAGACAGUGUAAGGAAUGCAGUGUAAGAAAAGUUAUGAUCGGUAAUGUAGGGCAAUGCAAUGUAACGUAAUGUAAGGAAGGCAAUAUUCGGUCAUCUAAGCCAGUGUAAGGAUGACAAAUUGACAAAUUUAGUCAAUUUAAGGAAGACGUAGAACGGCAAUGUAAGGUCAAGUAAGAAAGGCAAUGUAAGGAUCACAAUGUUCGGUCUUGUAAUGAAAGAAGUGUAAGAUAAUAAAAAGGAAGGCAUAGUACGGCAACGUAACGUAAUGUAAGGGAGGCAGUGUGAGGUAAUAUAAGGAAGGAAUAGUACAGAAAUGUAAGGUAAUUUAUGAAAGGAAAUAUAAGGCAAUGUUAGAAAGGCAUAGUACGGAAAAGUAAGGUAAUGUAAGCGAGGCAAUGUAAUGAAGACAAAGCAAGUUAAUAUAAGAAAGUCAUAGUAUGGAAAUGUAAAAUGUAAGUAAGGCAAUGUAAGGAUGCAAUGUAAGGAAAGCAACAUAAGGUAAUGUUAUGUAAUGUAAGAAAGGCAAUAUUAGGAAGGUAAUGUUUGCCCAUCUAAGGCAAUGUAAGGCAGUAUAAGGAAGGCAAUGAACGGCAAUGUAAGGAAGUCAAUAAAUGGUAAUAUAAAGAAACGUAAGGUAUGCAAUAUGAUGUAAUGUAAGGUAAUGGGAAAAAAAGGAAGGAAAUUAAAGUCAAUUUUAUUAAGGAGGGCAAAUUUAGGUAAUGUGUGGAAGGCAAUGCAAGGUAAUGUAAGAAAUAAAAUGUAAAAAAGACAAUGUAAGUUAAUGUAAGGAAGGCAAUGUAAUGAUUUGAAAAGAAGGCAAAAUAAGGUAUUGUAAGGAAAGCAAUUUAAGGUAGUGUAAGGAAGGUAAUGUAAGGAAGGUUAUAUAAGCAAGGCAAUGUAAGGAAGGAAAUGUAAGGAAGGCAAUCUAAGGAACGCAAUGUACGGCAAUGGAAGGUGAUGUAAGUCAAUACAUAUCCACAACACAUGACAAAACAUAUAAAGUUGUUGAUUAAAAUCAACAUCCAAACAUAAAAAUUUUAACGUUGAAAACUCUGUAUAAAGUUUUGUUAAUUACUGUUGCCAAUUAAAAGAAUAAUUGUAAUACAUGUAUUCUUGACUUUUGUUUUCAGCAAAUGCACAACCAAACGGAAUUUUAGAUGGUAUCAACACUUCCACUUUGAUGACUGAAGCUACGAUGACACAUAAAACAAUAAAGAUCAGUGAACUUGACUGAAAGAAUAUAGUUGGUUUAAGGUGGUGUUUAAGCAGUGGUGAGUUACCUUAAAAGUGAUAGUAAAUUUAUUUAACGAAACUAUGUAAAAUAUCGCUCGAGUGUCUCUUGUCUUUUUUACUAAAUCGUGUAGUGAUUUACAUUUUAUUUCACGUAUCUAUAUAUAUAUAUAUAAUUCGCCAGCAAAGGUCAAACAAGACGGGUCAAACACCACGCAGGCUAUUUAUAGAUACGCCAGAGUGUGGUUCAAUAAUGAGUUCACUAGCGCGUAAAAUAUAAAUCACGAUAAUUACGCUAAAUGAUAUAUAUAUAUAUAUAUAUAUUAAAUAACGCAAUUUAUUUUCGAAAAUGAAAUCGUCUCAAUUUAACUAUUGUGUAAAAAAUAUUCGGUUUAAAACUGGUUGGGACAUGAGAAUAUUAAUAUAGUUCAUGGGCGUGAAAUAAAAAGUGUGCAGUGACGUAUCAUGGGGGAAGGGGUGUAGUAAAUAUUGGGAUUCUUUUAAAUGUGCGUUACUUGAGUUCAUGUUUUUCAAGUAACUUUACUAGAUGGGGCGGUCACGCAUUGCUAUCUCCAAUGUUUGGCGGGCUAUAUCUAGUAUAUAUAUAUUCUUUUUCAUUUUAAUUUGAAUACCGCUACAAUCUCUUAACAAUGUAGUCAUAUCAUUGCAUUAGUAAAUUGUGUAACAAAAGUUACAAAUUAUUUGGUAAUUUUUAAAAAUCGUACAAGUAUUUCCUAAUGCUUAAGUUUAUUUAGUUUGGUGUACAAAUGCUAGAAAAUUGUAACCUUGUCUUAUUAAUGCAUAUGAAAUAUUUUAUAAAAAACUUUAUAUAUAUCUAUGUGCAUACAUAAUAAUAAUAAUAAUAAGUUUAUUUGAAAAUCAAGCUUCCUCCCCAAAGGCUCGUGAAUUUUAUACUGGGUUAUGUCUUAUUUUAUUCUAAAGCAUUGCUGUUUAGGAAAUGUUGAGUUGGCUACUGCUAAGACUAGGCAUAUCUGCUGCUUUGAUAUCUACUGUUGAUCCCAAUUGCGCGGACAAUGCACUCAGUUUUAAAGUUAAAGAAACGCACCUUAUUUUCGACAUCGAGAACGCAAGACAGUAAGUUAAUUAUUCAUUGGUAAAAUAAAAUGAAUUUUUUUAAAAUACUUUUCCUAACUUAAAAUGUAAAUUCAUUUUUCUAGGCAAUACUGAUCUUUGUUUUUAAAGUAAUAAUUAAUGGCUUUUGACAAAGCUACUGUUUUGAAUUUCUAAUUAAUUUGUGAGUUCUUUUUUCUUGCCCUUGCAGAUUCCUCAGUUGUCUGUGCAUCACUAGUUAUGGAUGUGAAUUUACAGUAAAUAAUACUUUAAAUAAAAUUGACAUUAUAUUGGCUAAAACUUUCAAUGCAACUGGAGCAUCAUUAAGCCAAGUAUUUAGUUGUAGUUAUUCCGUUGACACCAUUAGGUGCGAACUCCUUGUUGUGAUUCCCGAAGGCCAAUGUGUAACUUCAUUUAAUGAAACUGGGUGCUAUCACAUACUUAGCACCGUAAACUGCAGUGCUGACAGUAUUUCUUUGACAUGGAAUCAUCUUUACACAGUCACCUGUCAUACCUUUUAUGACAACAGCAUGUGUAUCAACGAUAAAAACAUCAAUUAUACAAUUAAAGAUUGCGAAAAUGGUGCAAGUCAUCUAUCGACUUUUUCGUCUUUAGACACGGUCACAUCAUCAGCUAACACCAGAGAAACGUUCAUUACAACAGCAAAUGUCUCCGGGGUGUAUCCCAUUAAAGACAUUACAGAGAACAACUGGAACACAAUCGUAGCUGUAACCGUUUCAGUCGGUGGUCUUCUUUUUAUUAUAUUUUUAAUUUUAGCUGUAAUUAUGUACCGUCGUCGUAGACAAAAUGCUAAAUCGACGAAGACUGUCUUAGACGCUGUCAAAGAAAACGGUAAAACAAAAACUGAUGGCAAUGUAGAUGCUAAUUUUAUAAAUAACUACACACAGGCAAAGACAACACUGAUCGCUGAGCCGUACAAUGUCAUGCAGCGUAAUGAAAUUAGCAAGGACGUCGAUCCAACAAUUGCCAGAACAUUCACUUUGCAGAAAACUGGUCAUGAAAGUACAAAUUAUGCUACCGUAGCUAAAUCAGAUGACAAAAGUGUAAGUGCGAGCACUUUGAUCGUACAUAGUGAAUUGAAAAAAUCCAACGAAAAUUUACCAAUGGAAAAGUCGGGCGAAGAAUCGGCGAGUGUUUAUUCGAAACUAGGAGAAAAAAACAAAGUAGUAGAAAACAUUUAUGGUGUUCUGAAAAUUCAAAACGAUGCAAAAGUGUCAGACCGUAUUUCUCCUGCAGCAGACGAUCAGAUAAUCAAACCGUGCAGUCAUGAACACAUAUACUUCGAGCUGGAGAGAGAAAACAGAAACAGUGAUUUGUCAAUAUGUAGUGAUCAAAAUGUAAAAUAAGCUUCGUCUGUCCACGUAUUUUCAUUCAUAAUUUUUCUAUAUUUUAAAAGCAAAAUUUUAGUGGGACACUUACUGGUAAAAAUAUUGAAACUCCUAGAAAAGGUUUAUAAAUAAAGGAAAAUAAAUGGAGGAUGAUAACUGUAGGAAUGAGUUCAAACUGUUUAAAUGAAAUAAUACAUACAAAACAAAGUUAAUAUCUGAAAAUAGAUUGAUAUAGAGAGAAUAUAUUAUUUUAGUGAGUGUUAUUAAAAGUCUUAAAAAUUUAACUUUGCCCAAUUAAUAAACAAUAUUAAGUACAAUUCAAUACGCUCAUAUUUCAUGUGACUUUGAAUAAUGUCAUCAUUGCUUUAUUUGUAUCAAAGGAAAAAAUGUAUAUAUAAUAUAGAAAUAGAAAAAUGUCCCUGUGAAAACAUAGUUUCUGGGAAAUCCCCAGCAGUUAAACUUAAUUAAAAUGUCCGUACAAAUAGUUAGCCAUCUGCUGUCCAAUGUAAAAAGUUUUAAAAUUUGUUUUCCACCUGAAAUAUAUUUAAUUCAAACUUGUUCAUGUUUAGACAAAUGUGGUCAAAGGGCUGAUAAAUACUAUAGAGUAUUCUUUUGAAUAUGUGACGAAGAUUGAGCAUUGAUCAUAUCAGUUGUUUUUUUUACAUUUUUCAAAAACAAAAAAAAAAAAAAAAAUAAACCAAAUUUUUUUUUAUAAUAUAUUUAAUUCAAACUUGUUCAUGUUUAAAAAAAUGUGGUCAAAGGGCUGAUAAAUACUAUAGAGUAUUCUUUUGAAUAUGUAACGAAGAUUAAACAUUUAUAAAAUCAGUUGUUUUUUUUACAUUUUUCAAAAACAAAAAAAAAAAAAAAAAUCAACCACAUUUUUUUUUAGAAGUAAAGGACACCGCCAUAGAACAAUAAAGUAGGUUUAAAACCUUCAUCUCACAUGAUGUCAUGCCUAUGAUUUUUUUGCCAUAAGACUAUCCUAACAUUGUAUGCAUUGUCACAUAUAAUAAAUAAUAAAUAAUUGAUUGAUAUAUAUAAUUUUGUUUAAAAACUUUUAAUUCAUGUCCCU